GGCACAUCUUAAGCACGAUCUAUAAAUUAAAGAAAAAAGGUGUAAUUUAAAGAACUGCGAGAAUUUCUUAAUUUCUAUAUUAACAAAUUAUACGUGUGCUUAACUAAUUUCGGGCUCUUAGACUAAUUUGAUAGCUUGGUCAUUGUUUUGGAUUACGUUUUUUACAGCGUGAUUUUUAAAAUUGUAAUAAAGAGGAAAAUGAGAGAAAGUCAAAAUAUGUAUUGUUGUUAAAAGUAGAGUAAACAAAAAUAUUUGUGUCAACAUCGAUCAUAGAAAAAAUGAAGGUUACACUAUUCCGUAUCCUUUCCUGUUAUUCCCUGCACCCGUCGCAUAUUAAUACUAAGUUCUUCAUUUACUCAAUCAUCAUAAAGAAUUUAUUUACAGAAUUUUACUUUACUUCGAUUUGUUAACAAAACUGCAACGAGAAAUAAAAAUAAUAAGGCUAUCUUCAUAAAUGAAUGAGUGUUCACUUAAUCGUUUGUUGAUGGAAUCUACCUUGUGUUUUUAUGAGAGAGACUGUAAGGAGAAAGUGUUGACAUCUGCAAUGGAGUUUCGCGGUGUUGGAAAUGUAAAUAAAAUUUCCCGCGCCGCGAUUUUGGUAUGUAGUCCUAAAAGGUACGAAAGUGGUAAUAGUGACAAAUGUGAACUUAAAAGUCCGUAUACAGCAGAAAAUAACUAUAUGACCCAAGGUUUGAAUCGGUGGCAGCAGCAAAGACGACGUUAUUAUGCUCGAUUAAAAAGUAGACACGAAGAAGUUUGCUUGUAUGCGAAUACUGUCUGUGAUGAAUCUAUUGCGAAAAUGGCAAGAAAGCAAUCAUUUUCUUUCACAAUUUUCAAAGGCAUUUGGAGUUUUUGUUUCAAUAUUCUAAAAGAUUUUAUUAUAUCAACUAAAUGCUUUGCCCGCGAGGAAUCUGAAAUCGAAUAUGCGAUGUUGGACUGUCAUAUCACUUACGAACCACUUGAUUUUGAUGAAGCCAGAGAUAUAAUAAGUAACAGAAGAUGUAACGUGUUACGUGCUAAAAUCGUAAAUUGGAGGCGUUCAACAUCACUGACGACGAUGUGUAAAGCAAGGAAUGCUUCACUGUGGUCAUUUUUUCAAUGCGUACAGAAAAUUCACAAAUUACUACACUUGAUGCUAUUAAUGUUACUCAUGUUAACUCAAGUUGUGCGUGGGACACACGCUAGUUUAUUAGACACAAAUUUUACGAGGAGCGAUUUAGCGUUGUUGGCUCCAGAUAGUACAAGUGAUUUAAUAUCAUACAGUAGAAAUUACAGUAACAGUAAUAAACCAAAAAUUAAAGUAUAUUCUGACGACAUUAAUUCUCACUUGAAUGGGAGUUUGAGUUCCUUUUCGUCACACAAGGGUACGAUUGUGUCGCCGGUGUCUGGCAGCGUAUAUUUGGAAAAAUUGGACAGCCUAGAACGAAGUUUAGCUGCUGUAUUAAUUAAGGUUGCUUAUGGUACAACCUCAACUACAAAACGAAGUAUUCCAGACAAUAGCAACGUACCAAGUUUAACUACUAUUGCAACACCGUUAUUAACAACUCUCAGAUAUCCAGAAAAGACGCUACAACAAUCGCAAUUAAACUUGCACCACCGCAACUAUGAAUUGGAUUUGGAAAGAGAUCAUGCAUUGCCCACGUCAGCCCCCAACGCUGACAUCCUUAAAAGCAAUAAUAACCCUACAUAUCCCAAUCCUAAUCGACAUCAUAAUCAUGAUCGAGAAAAGCAUCCACAUUUAUUGAACUCUACAUCUGUUCCCUCACUACCCAAUGUUUUAAAAAGAACCAAUGGGCAAUCUCCAACUAUACCCAUGUUUUCUGGCGAUUUACCCUCAUAUUCUCCACCAGCUCGUUCCUUUUUUACGCCUCCUUUGCCUCCCGAAUAUCAACAUCCAUUUGCUGACAAGCCUACAUUACGAGGUACAAGCAAUGAAGGAGCUAUAAUUUUGAACGCAGGCGCUUUCAUUAAUCGACGUCCAAUACCACCACCGAGCUUAAUGCCGGGUCAUGAACGAAUACCUUUCCGUCCGCCUGACUUAACAAUUUUAAAUAGCGAUAGUGGGCCAGGAGCUGCGCCACCAUCAUCUGCUACUUUUGCUGGCAGCAGCACCGUAUCGUCUUUCACUUAUUUUACUACAGUUGCCAAUACACUCGAUACUGAACGUAAAAAAGCUUUAAAUACCCCUUCAAAAGGAAAUUAUUCAUUACAAUCCGAGGGUAUAACUGAUGAUAAAGCAGGGAACCUAGAAGGAGUCAUAAAUUCAUAUAAUGGAGGAAUAAGCAAUCCUUACACGGUUCAUCACGACACUAGGAAAGAAGUUUUACCGAGUAUCAGACGUAUUCUCAGCGGUUCCAACGGGCGUAAAGGAGAGAUUCCGGAAGUUUUGCUUAAGCAUGUGACAUCUCGUCCUAACCAUCAAUCAUCGUCAUCUCCUACGGUUUUAAUAGAUAGCACCCUCGGUACUCAGAAUGGCAAUGAAACACAUGCGUACAGUGAUACGUCGUUAUCCAAUUCAAACAUAAAUAUAAGCAUAAAUAUGAAAACACUGAAUGAUGGUGAAUUUUAUAACAAUAACGAGGAAUAUAAUUCCGAUCACCAAAAAACUAGAAUCUUGUCCAAGUCAGCACCUAGUGAUACUAUAUUGGCAGCUUCUAACAGUGUUAGUUCAACACCUUCGGCGGCUGCAGCUAUUGAAGGGGAUGUGGCCAUUGCAUCUGCUGUGCCUUCACCUGCUAUAUCAACAACUUUCACUGACACCGAUUUUUCGUUUCCCGAUACGGCAGGUAGAAGUCAUAACCAAGGAAGUAGUUCAUCUUCAUCUACGUUAGCCGCUGCAAUAGGACACAAUACUUGGAAUAUAGCAUGGAACAUACACGUAUAUUUCUCAGUGGUUCUUUUUACUAUACUUACCGUCUAUUCUUUAUACAAAAUGGUUACUUACAACAAACUUACUCAUCUUUUUUCCCAAUCAUAUUUUAUUUGUAUUCAUCUUGUGCUUAUAUUUAUCUGUACGGCACGCAUUUUCUUUUUAUGCUAUGAUGCGUAUAAUAUUCAUUCCAGUUUUCAUAUAUUCUUAUCGGAAAUUCUAUUAAAUUUACCGUCUACUUUUCUUACAAUAUCUUUUUCUGUUUUAAUACUGUUUUUGUCCUUGAAAUCACUGAAUUAUAAAAACAAUCGAUACUCAGCUUUACUACGACCUCUCACAGUAGUAGUAGGUUGUGGUGUGCAUGUCAUACUCUGCAUUACACUUCAUUACGUAGAGUUCUAUACGGUGCAAAACCAUCAACAACACAGUAUUUACCAACAACAACAGCAAGCCUUAAGACGUCAACAAAUACAAAUGCAACAUCAACAUUUCCAAAACGCCCAAUAUAAUCCUUUCCAAUAUUCGUCCUUAAAUCAACAAAAACAUGGUGCAGCUGGAAAUUUGAUUGGUUCCGUCGCAGUAACAGGCCAAUCGAUGGGGUUUUCGCAGCAAACGAAUAUAGCAACCAGCAUGUCGGCAACUCCUCCGCCCCCCCGCGUUCUUUCAUUAAUUUGUCAAAUAAUCUAUAUAUUUGUGUGUUUUAGCUUGGGAUUACUCUAUUUAUAUUUAUACCGAGUUCUAAAACGUAUACUGAGAAGUAAAUCGCAAAACUAUAUUCAUGGAUACCAGAAUCUUUCUUAUGCUAUUCACAUUACAAUAGCGACAGCUCUUUUGUUUGUGUUAUUGGCUACUUUACAAAUAUUUGGAGCCAUUAGUAUAUCUACAACCCGUCCACUUAUAACGCAAGCAAAUUCCGAAAUCGAUUGGCUGCAAUGGGGGUAUCAGUUUUCGUUGCGUUUAAUUGAAAUAGCUAUCAUAACCCUAAUAUCGUGGGUUACUGGUUUAAAAAAUAGUGGUGGUGGUGGCGGGGUAAAUAUCGGGUUAACAAAUGGAGAAACGCAAUUGACUAUAGCUGGCCAAAGCGGUGGCAAUAAUAUUUUCGGCUCCACUCAAGGCCUUUCAUCUACGCGAGAAAAACAAGGAACACAUCCACAUCUUAAUCAUUCAAAUGUAGCCGGAUUUUUUCUGCCUUGUACUUCAAGUUCGAGCCAAGAACACUUUGAAACAGAUUAUCCCGUUGUGUGCAAUGCCAACACCAAUUUGCAUACUUAUACUAUGCGAACAGGGAAGUUAAUAUAUGACGAUAGCUUUGCGUUGAACUCCUUGGGUAACACCAAUAGUGUACCAAUCACAGAUGUGCAGCACAGUGCUGAAAACCAAUUACAACAGACUGUGUAUCAACAUUCUUAUGAAGAUGGUUCAAUGCAUAGUUCAGUCCAUCACAAUAAUUCGGAAUGUGGUUCUCGCUUUCACCAUGAACAACCACAUUAUAGUGAUUAUUUGACUGAUAACGCAACUGAUCACUAUGAAAACCCAAAUUUUGAUUUAAUUAACUCAGAGUCGGCAGCAUCUGCUAAUGGUUUGCUAAACAAUACCAACAGUGGUGGCAGUGUUAAUAAAAAAUUUGGUAAAACUUCUACUACGUCCACUACAGCCUUAAGUAGCAACGAGUCCAAUUGCGGUUCCCAUUCCGCUUCUGCAGCAUCGGCCGUUUCGCAACAACAAAUGUUACUUUUACAAAGUGACGCUUGCUAUUCGGAGCCAUGCCAACAAAAUUAUGAGUUCAAUAAUUUCGAAAGACCGAAAUUUCAUGGGACUACACAGAAACCUUCACAUGAGAACUGGUCAGAUUCGCGUAUUCAAACAAUGUUCAAUAAUAAAAGAGAACAAAAAAAAUCCUUUAAUACAUUAGAUCGAUGCGGAUAUGAUAAACCAGAGAGGCGAAGCGAGAAUUCCGCAUAUUCAUGUAAAUCCAACCCAGGCCAUGAUCAGCGUUAUCCAACUUAUAAUUCAUUUGAACGGGGUUCUUCGUGCAACGGAGUACGCAAAAGUGAAACUUUUAAUAACAUUGCAGGUAACACAACUAAUGCAAUACAUGGACGUAAUGCUUCUUCAUCAUCGGCGGCAUCAUCUACAUCUUGUGGACCGCGAGCUUCCUCCGGAGUACAGACAUUAACUACUGGAGAAAGGCAUAAUCACCACAAUUUCCAGUCACACAGUUCGAAAGGUCCACCGCGAGCAACUACUAAUAACGUAAAUCAAAGGACACCAAAUGCUACCCACGUGGCCGACAUAUUUGGACGACCUUUCGAAAGGGCGAGCAUGAAAACGUCACAAAACUCAAUGGUUAACGGCUUUGUUCAAAAACAGCAGCUUCAACAUUACUCGGAUGAAGACGAAAAUGACAUGAUGUUAGCAGCAAUAUCAUCAAAUCAACGCUGAAUCCGGAUGAGGUUCCAAAGAUAUUAGGUAAUCUAACCGAUUUCCAAUUUCUUCCGCAUCAGACUAAUUUAAGCGGAAUGAUGCCUACUGCCAAAAAACUUGCCUUAGCACCAAUAUAUUUCUCUUCCUCUAACCACCCUACAUCAUUACCAUCAUCACCGAUAAAUAUAUUUGGUUUAACUCGUAAUAAGCAACAUCUAAGCUCGUUUGAACCUUCUCGUCAUGCAUGCGCUGUUAAUGAGCACUUCGGCUAUCUAUCUAGGAUGAAUUCUGGCACAACUCCUAUAUCAUACCUUUCUGAUAGCGCGCAUAGCUCGAGCAUGUUGGUAGCAGAGCAUGGUUUCGUCAGGUUUCGACCUUUAGAUAAUAUCAAUAACUCUGAGUGUAUUGGCAUAAAGAAUGCUUCAUCACAAAAUAAUGACCAAGUCAGCAAAUAAGGUAUUUAAAUUUAUAACAUAAAUCUAGAAGCAAAAUGGUUUACUGGCACGGAUAACUAUGGAAACAUACAUAUUUUAAAUGAAUAAAUGUUAGCAUGUUUGAAACCAUAAAUUUUUUUUUAUCGAAAGAAACGAUUUGCAAAUUUUAGUUUUGAAAUAAUUUUAAAAAGUAAAUCAUGAUAUUCUUUCAUUGUUAUAUUCUUUUGUAUUUCUUCCAAGGCAAACAAUGACAUGAGUAUGCUAUAUAAAAUGUGUACAUUGAAUAAUUAAAAAAACUGAUGGAAAUCACAAACAACUUCGUUUAUUGAUGAAUAGGAUACUCUUUAUUAUACUUUAUAACUGCCUCUCAACGUAUAAAAGUUUUUGAAGUCUCUUUGUAAAAACUUUGUAAUUUUCUUUAAAGAAAGCAACGCGAGCAGCAUGAUUUUCUAGUUCUACAAAAUCAAUUCAUAUUAAUAAAUAUAGUGAAAAUGAUGAAAAAAAAAAAAUAAAAUAGUGAAAACAUGAAAAGACAAUCUAAAAAAUAUAGUGAAAAUAUAAUGUGAUUGAAGAAAAGCUCGUUUUGUUGGCGAGAUGUGACCUGCUUCGUUUAUUCUUGUAAACGUCAGGAGAUUAAAUAUCGAGCUCCGAAAUGUAUUCAAAACAAUUGGAUUCAUGUCGAGCGGUUGCUGUCGAACACUUCACAUACAUUGUCAAAUUUUUGUUGUUUUCCUCAGUAUUGUUAUUGUCCAGCCGGUAUUAUUUUCGUUUAUUUUACUUUACCCGGUGCUCGCUAGUUGUUAUUUUAGCUUCAAACGCACAAUUUGCUUCUGUCCGAAAAAAUUAUUGUCUGUGAUUUUUGUUCAUCUCACUGAUUUAUAUAAACGCAGAGCGUUUAUAUUAGAUUCUGGAAACAUUCUUCUUCACGUAACAUCUAUUAUACAUGGCGAUUUCAAAGCUUUUGGGCAUCUUAAAAUUUUCUUGCAUUUAUCCGGAAACUUCAUAACGCAAACAAUAUUUGUAUCAAAAUUUUAGAUGACGGUGGUUACAUGGUUUUUAGAUUGAUAUCUGCUCUCCAUUAUGAAUAAUCAUAAUCAUAUCUUGAGUUCCGUUUUAAUAAACAUAUAAAAUUUUAGCGCGUUAUUUUUAUUUUAAAUCGCGACCUAUAAAAUACAAAAAUGGAAGAAUCGAAGUGACGAGUUUUAACUAAUAAUCACAAAUUUGUUUCCGUAAGAAUUUCAACGUUUAGCGUUGAACUAGAAUAUAAAUACAGGCUUCUAAUAAGCACUCCUUUGUUGAUGUUACUGAAAAUAGUUUGGAUCGUAUCAUUUUUGCCACGCCGGCUUAUAUCGCCCUCUAUUUUGCAAAAGUUGUUAAACAAAUAAAACAAAAAUUUCGGUUUUUACUAUUUCUAGUCAAAAAGCCGUGAGAAAUAUUAUUUUGACAUGAAAUGUGAAAAAUUUUAAUGUGGCGGGCCCGUUCAUCAGCCCUCUCCCAUAUAAAUGUCCCAGAAAGAAAUCAGCUUUUAUAUGACAACAAGUUCUAAUCUUUAGUAUUUUAUGAAUAUAGACCAGUAUUUUGACAAAAUGAUUUUUAUUGCGGAGGCUAUUCCACAUAAAACGUCUUAUGAAAAGUCAGCCUUCACAUGACAAUAAGAUCUUUCCCAUAUUACAUGAGAACAGAAUAAAAGUGGUGUAUUAUAUUUGAUGGCCGCCCUUGGCUUUGUAUAAUGUUUCUUUUUGCUUUUAGUAGGAAUGUAUGUGAUUAUAACAUUGAACAUAAAUUGUGAAAAAGAUUCUAUGUAGUUUUCGUGCCAUAGCAUUUUUAUGAAGAUAGUUCCCCUGCGAUUUAAUCGUCUUGAACUUACCCAGUUUAAAAAUAAGCAAUCUUAAACUCAAAAAGUUUUUCCCGAAAACUUGAUUAUAAAAAGGUUUCUUACGGGAUAUGGGCAUAAUAUUUCUGUCAUUAACAUGGCAAAAUACAAAGAAGUAAGCAUCUGACAUAUUACAUAUCUGGAUUAACUGACACUUCAUAUGUUAAACAUUUUUGAGAAAUGUAGAGGAAAUGGA